CAGCACAGUAUUUCGGUACGGUCGCGUGAAGCAUUCGUUACGAAAUCGUCGGUCGCGACCGAUUUAUUUUAUUACGGCGGAAGUGUGAACGUGCUAGAAUCCGGUGCAAGUGUGAACUUCGAACAGAAUAAGAUCAGUGUCGUGUGUAUUUGUAGGAUUCGUUGGUCAUCGUCGUAAAGUGCAGCGUGUGCAGCAGGUAAUCGGAACAUCGACCGACGGCCAUCAUUGUUGUCAAGAUGGCGUCGAAAGGGAAGCUAGCAACUGAGCAUGGCCGCUCAGACUCGUACAGGGUCGCGACGAUACCGAAUAUUCGCGACGACAACAAAACAGCCGACGGGAUGUUCAAGUCGCGGCGAAAGAACCCAAAGCGGAGGACGGACAAUCUAGAGGACUUGAAACAGGAGUUGGACAUUGACUUCCACAAAAUCACGCCCGAGGAACUGUAUCAGAGAUUUCAGACGCAUCCCGAAAAUGGCCUCAGUCACGCGAAGGCGAAGGAGAACCUCGAGAGGGACGGUCCGAACGCGUUGACGCCGCCGAAACAAACGCCAGAAUGGGUGAAAUUCUGCAAGAACUUGUUCGGCGGUUUCGCGUUGCUGCUGUGGAUCGGUGCGAUCCUUUGCUUCAUCGCGUACUCGAUCCAGGCGUCCACCAGCGAGGUUGCAAACGACGACAAUCUCUUCCUUGGUAUCGUACUGGCGGCGGUCGUUAUAGUCACCGGUAUAUUCUCGUACUACCAGGAGAGCAAAUCGAGCAAAAUUAUGGAAUCGUUCAAGAACAUGGUACCGCAAUACGCGACUGUGAUCAGAGAAGGCGAGAAGCUGAUGUUGAAAGCCGAGGACUUGGUGCUGGGUGACGUAGUCGAGGUGAAAUUUGGCGACCGUAUACCAGCGGACGUUAGAAUCAUCGAGUCUAGGGGCUUCAAAGUGGACAACAGCUCGUUGACAGGAGAGUCUGAACCUCAGUCGAGGUCUCCGGAGUUCACGAACGAGAACCCGUUGGAAACGAAAAAUCUCGCAUUCUUCUCGACGAACGCCGUCGAAGGCACGGCGAAGGGUGUGGUGAUCUGCUGUGGUGAUCAGACGGUAAUGGGAAGGAUUGCUGGUUUAGCAUCCGGCCUUGACACCGGUGAAACUCCGAUCGCUAAGGAGAUCCACCAUUUCAUCCAUUUGAUCACAGGCGUCGCCGUCUUUCUCGGUGUAACAUUCUUCGUGAUCGCUUUCAUUCUCGGUUACCAUUGGCUCGACGCUGUAAUCUUCUUGAUCGGUAUCAUUGUAGCUAACGUGCCGGAAGGUUUGCUCGCAACUGUGACCGUAUGCCUGACACUCACCGCGAAACGUAUGGCGUCGAAGAAUUGUCUGGUGAAGAAUCUCGAGGCUGUCGAGACGCUCGGCUCUACAUCUACGAUUUGCUCCGACAAAACUGGUACCUUGACGCAGAACAGAAUGACCGUUGCUCACAUGUGGUUCGACAAUCAGAUCAUCGAAGCUGACACUACGGAGGAUCAGUCCGGGCUUCAGUACGACAGAACGAGUCCUGGAUUCAAGGCAUUGGCUAAGAUCGCUACUCUGUGCAAUCGUGCCGAGUUCAAACACGGCCAAGAAGACGUGGCGAUAUUGAAGAGAGAAGUAAACGGUGAUGCGUCCGAGUCUGCUCUGUUGAAGUGUAUGGAAUUGGCACUCGGCGACGUGAUGGGCUAUAGAAAACGCAACAAGAAAGUCUGCGAGAUCCCCUUCAACUCUACGAACAAGUAUCAAGUAUCUAUCCACGAGUCGGACAAUCCUGACGAUCCUAGAUAUCUGUUGGUAAUGAAGGGCGCACCGGAAAGGAUUUUGGAUCGUUGCUCUACAAUCUUCAUCGGCGGUAAAGAGAAGGUACUGGACGAAGAGAUGAAGGAAGCGUUCAACAAUGCUUACCUCGAGCUCGGUGGACUUGGUGAACGUGUACUCGGUUUCUGCGAUUUCAUACUGCCGUCCGACAAAUUCCCGAUCGGCUUCAAGUUCAACUCCGACGACCCUAACUUCCCGACGGAGGGUCUCCGCUUUGUGGGCCUGAUGUCUAUGAUUGACCCGCCCAGGGCUGCGGUGCCCGACGCGGUAGCCAAGUGCCGUUCAGCCGGCAUCAAGGUCAUCAUGGUAACCGGUGACCAUCCGAUCACUGCCAAAGCCAUUGCCAAAUCCGUCGGCAUCAUCUCUGAAGGUAACGAGACCGUCGAGGACAUUGCUCAACGGUUGAACAUCCCGGUAUCCGAAGUGAAUCCUCGCGAGGCCAAGGCCGCUGUAAUCCACGGAACCGAACUCAGGGAACUGAACUCCGACCAACUGGACGAGAUUCUCAGGUACCACACCGAAAUUGUGUUCGCCCGUACCUCGCCACAGCAGAAGCUCAUCAUUGUCGAAGGCUGCCAACGAAUGGGUGCUAUCGUCGCUGUAACUGGUGAUGGUGUAAACGAUUCUCCCGCGCUGAAGAAGGCUGACAUCGGUGUAGCCAUGGGUAUCGCCGGUUCUGACGUGUCGAAACAGGCGGCUGACAUGAUCCUUCUGGACGAUAACUUCGCCUCGAUCGUGACUGGUGUCGAGGAGGGUCGAUUGAUCUUCGACAACUUGAAGAAAUCCAUCGCGUACACCCUCACCUCGAACAUCCCCGAGAUCUCACCUUUCCUGGCGUUCAUCCUUUGCGACAUCCCUCUGCCUCUUGGUACUGUCACUAUUCUCUGCAUCGACUUGGGAACCGACAUGGUGCCGGCCAUCUCGCUAGCUUACGAGGCACCGGAGUCGGACAUUAUGAAACGGCAGCCCCGCGAUCCUUACAGAGACAAUCUUGUCAACCGAAGGCUUAUUUCGAUGGCGUACGGUCAAAUCGGUAUGAUCCAGGCAGCCGCCGGUUUCUUCGUCUACUUCGUGAUUAUGGCUGAGAACGGAUUCUUGCCGCUGCAUCUUUUCGGUAUCCGAAAACAGUGGGACUCCAAGGCUAUCAACGAUCUUCGCGACAGCUACGGCCAGGAAUGGACGUACAGAGAUCGUAAGACACUGGAAUUCACCUGCCACACGGCCUUCUUCGUCUCGAUCGUUAUCGUACAAUGGGCCGACUUGAUCGUUUGUAAGACGCGACGUAACUCCAUCAUUCACCAGGGAAUGAGAAACUGGGCCCUGAACUUUGGUCUUGUGUUCGAGACUGCCCUCGCCGCGUUCCUAAGCUACACACCCGGCAUGGACAAGGGUCUCCGCAUGUUCCCUCUCAAAUUCGUCUGGUGGUUGCCCGCCAUUCCCUUCAUGUUCGCCAUCUUCAUCUACGACGAGACGAGACGAUUCUACCUCCGCCGGAAUCCAGGAGGCUGGCUCGAGCAAGAAACUUACUAUUAGACGCGAGGGGAGAAUUUAAUCAUACACGCAGAGCGCGCGCGCAAGAGUUACAAGAGAGCGAGAGAUGCAGAGAGAAUGAUGAGAGCAAGAGAGAGAGUGAGAUAUGCAUAUUACCCACGCAGAUAUACACCGAGAAACUAAUAAUAACGUAAAAAAACGAAAUACAACCAAAACAACAAAAAAAAAAAGAAGAUAACGAUGAACAGACAAACGAUGAAAAAAAAUAUAUAUUGCGUUAAAAAAUCACUCACGUUAAAUACACACACAUAUUUUACCAUGGGGCGUGCUAUUCGGGUCUAACCGUACUGUCGCGAAAUCACGAGAUUUAUUAGUAGAAAUGGGGACAGACAAUUCGCAUCAGCCGAGCCGAAUCGUCGAACGACCAUCGAAACACAAGACGGGAGUGUCUUGCAAUUAUUCCAAGAUGGAAAACGAAAGCUUAAGCUUCGCGUGGGAGGGAAAAGAGACUUGCGAACACUCUCGUUGCACGGUGUGUGAAGUACAAAAAAAAGAACAAAUACGAAAAAUAACAAAAAGAUGAAAAAAGAACAAAAAAAAAAAUGAUGAAGAAGGAAAAGAAGAAAAGAGAGAUACGUUCGUCGUUCUGGCUCUGCGAGUUGCUUGCACGCGCGUGCCGGUGUAUCAUUAAUUUAAAAAAAAAAAAAAAACAAGAUCGUCGUUCGUGAAACAUCGAAAGGAUCGACGAGGUAACAAAGAGUUCUACGAGCAACGUCGUCGGGAAGACAUCGAGCUUCCGGGUACACACAUGCCUGAUACGAUUCACGAGGGUUAUAGGGGUUAGUGCUGCCAUUUGUUCAUUCGAUAAAAAUAUGACAGAAUGAGAUAGAGAAAAAAUGAGUAAAGAAUUACACAGUAGGGCCUAACACACGAGCAUAAGAAGCAAAAAUGGCGUAAUACGGAAGGAAUGAUUAACGAAGAGAGAGAGACUGGUUAAAGGGGAAGUUGAAGGAAGCUGUCAGAGGACACCCGUGUAUCUUUUUGAAAUCCGAUGGAUACAGGAAGAAAUGACGACAGAUCGACGGAUAACGCGCACGUCCGUAUGAACGUCGACGGGUGUUAACGACACAUGGACGAAUCUUUUAGGAGAUAUAUUAAGAGGAAAACUAAAACAAGUGAUUAAUUAGCAUCGAUGGAGCAUUCCGUAGACGUCUUGUGAUAUCAGAGAAAAAAAAUAUUCAUUUAGGCAUCCCGUUAAGUAAGCGAGCAAAGAUCACUGCGCUAGAUUGGCACACCCUUGUUAAGAGUUUAAACGAAAAAAAUAAAAAUAAAAAUAAAAAUGCAACGUAGUUACAAGUUAAGAAAAAAAAAAAACGUUAAGGGCGGUAUUAUAAAUGUUACACUGAUGCAGAAGUUUAAUGGAACGAUGAUGUGGAUAAAUAUCAUUCGCGGUCGACACACACGGAGGAAAAUAAGAGAAGAACGUAUUUACAGAUAGACGUCUCGUGACACCAGCAGUCUUGAAUUAGAACAAUCUUCUUCAUUGUUGAACUAAAAAGAAAUAAGCAAAAAAAGCAAAAAAAUAAUACGAGAAAAUCAGUACGCUAGAUUGGCACGCCCUAGAAGUUACUCACGACGCGAGAGAGAGAGAGAGAGAGAGAGAGAGAGAGAGUGCGAGAGAAAAAGAGUGUGUGUGUGUAUGCUGAAAAGAGCGCAAGAGAGUUAAAAAUACCUUAAAGAAAUCCAAAAACAAAAAACAGUAAAAAAAAAGAUGACUAAGAAUACAGAAUUAAUGAAAGCGCGUUCGCAGUACUCAUUAUUAUUCUUAUUACAAGUAAUGUCGUUCGGUUCGAGUCUUUAAAAUCCGAGUAGCUGUCGAGGCAAGAAAUCGCAUCGCGUAGAUAUUCCAGUAGUUUGCGAGUCUCUGCACGAGGAUCGCUACGCGUGGGAAGAACGGGCCAGGAAUGGAUCAAUUGUGAAGGCAAGAAGAUUGAUAAAGAGGGGCAAACAAAAAUUCAGAAAAAGAAGAAAGAUGUUGGACGAGCGGGGGCGAGCACGGGGAACGAAGGCGGCAUACGGACAAUGUAAUAUGUAAUUAUCAACCGAGGAAUCACUACCAGCUGACGAGGAUAUAUUAAACUGGAUACAUUAACGAGAAGAAACAGAGAAAACGAAGAGAAAAACGUGUGAGAACAGAGGAGAUGUGUAACGUUGUUUAAAUUGCGCGCGAGCAUAUUGUAAAGCGGUGGUCGUGGUUUCGGGAGCCGAUGGACUGGACAACCGUGCGUGCCACGAUCCACCGACUAGGGAACUGGACAAACGGGUUACGAAAAAUGUUAUUGAUUAAACAGAGAGGAAAAAAAACGAGCUAAGUAGAGAUACGAGAAUUUAAAAUAGCCGCGUUGCUCCACGGAGUCACGUGCUUUCCGGAGUGAGAGCGCUACGAUAGUCGAGGUAACAGGAUAUUAAGAAAAAAAAAAACAAUGCUAGUAGAGGAUGGUAACGAUGUAGGAAGAAGCACGAAGGUGUCGAAAUGAGAAAAAUAAAGCAGACACAGAGGAAAAAA